UUUCCCGGAUUACGUUCUGAAAUGGCAAUAAAUUGGUUUUUAAAUUUCAAGGUAAUAUAUCAAAAUAAAGUAAACGCUCAAACCGGUGAAAUGAAUGCAAAUACGGAGGUUAACCAAGAAAACAACAAUAGCAACAAUACCGCCGCACAAAGGCGACAAACAUAUCAAAACCUGCAGAACCCACAAGCCCCUCAAACUACUGAGCAAUUGGUAAUGGCACAAUUACUAAUCAUGCAAGCCAAUCAAGAUCAACACAAUCGGCAACAACAAGAAUUGCAAGAUAUAAUAAGACAACAACGACGUGUAAUUCACAUGCUCCGUCUUCUAGAGCAAUAUGCCAGGGAAAAGAGAUACAAUCCAAUAAAGGCGUGA